AUGUCAAGCUCAUACGCUAAUCAGAGACAGCGCAAUGAAUCAGGUAAUGCAUCGUCGCAGGAACCGCCAGCUUACACCUCGACAACGUCCGCCACCGUCGUAGAAACAAGUAUAGUGUUUGACGGCGCCAACAGCAACAGCAACCACACUCCACCAGAGCAAAGGCUGCAACAGCAGCAACAGGCAGUGUCGCAGAUUGUCAUGGAUGCACUAAGCGAAGAAAACGAUCUCGCUGUGCUUGAGUCCCAAUUAUCGGCAGAUGAAGUAGUCACGAACUCAGAUAUUGCCAACACGGAAAGCUUAAUUGAUGAAAGCAGGGUCUUGGACGCGCAGGAGCACGGCCAAAGAAUCCGUGAUCCGCUGCCGCUGCUGCCGCUACUGCUGCUCAGUAUAUGGGACAUUUUCAAAAAGAGUGCCAUCAACUUGGUCUUGCCUUUCAUCAAUGGCAUGAUGUUGGGAUUUGGAGAGAUCUUGGCUCACGAGAUUGGGUUUCAUUACAAAUGGCACGGUGCAAAGAUCGAGCCUCCCAGGCGGGCGCAACAACAACAACAACAGCAGCAGCCGCAGCCGCAACAGCCGCGAAGACAGGCUCAAGCUGCUUCCAGGUAUCUAUAG